AUGCUCCUCAAUGAAGUGCGCUUCUUGGAUAUCACCACCGUUCGAUAUAGCCCUGUCGACAGAGUUCUUAUCUUACUGCUCUUGCUGGUCAAUUUGGGGGCAUGCCUUGGAAACGCCUUUUUAAUCUACUUGUUCUGUACUGACAAGAAGCUUCGCAACCCCGCGACCUACCUCGUGCUCAAUCUUGCCAUCAUCGAUUUGUGUCUUGGCUCCGUCAACGCAUUCUGUUUCUUUGCUCCAAAUUUGAUUACCGGCAAGUUUUACCUUGGCUUUGUCGGCGGACAGAUCAAUGGAUACGCUGAAGUGAUGUUUUGUGGGGCUUCACUCAUAAAUUUGGGCCUUCUCGGGUUUGACCGCUGGCUUGUAAUCGUGCGAAACUACCGUAUCAGUACCAAGCAAGCUUUUUAUCUAGCAGCCCUCAGCUGGGUAUGGGGCAUCAUUCUCGCGUCCGUUCCGUUCUGGUUCGGCAACCAUCAUAUUCUUGAGUACAGUCGCCUGUACUUUGCGGGAGAUUGGUCCAAUCAAAGUCCUGGCGGUCUCGUCAUGACCAUAGGCUGCCUGUUUACCGUGUCAAUGCCUCUGCUCUGGUUCACAUAUUCCUAUGCACAAAUCCUGCAUGUUGUGAGGCAGAACAACCGGCAGUGGGCUCAGCUACAGCAACACGGACGGGGGAAGGACAGGAAACUGAGUGUCAAACCCGAUCAACGAAGUCUGAAAGAUCUCAAAGCUGCGCAACUAGAGGCUGCGAUCGCGAAACGGUCGGCAAUCGUCGUGGGUGUCUUCGUCAUAAACUGGCUCUUCUACCUUGUCAAUUUUCUGGCGGAACUCACAACUGGGCGUCAAUUCAAUGGGACGCUCGACACAUUCGCAGUUUUCGGUGCGCAUCUCAAUUCCUUCUUCAACCCGGAUGCGGACGACAUCAGCAAAGAGAGUGGAGCCACGACAUCCACGCACCGAUCCGCGAACUUGUCUUGGGUGCCUCCGGCAUCCCGAACCUCUAUAGCUUCUACAGCGGUAAAGUCAACCCCCUCCCCCGUCAUGGAGGCGUGCACAAACGUGUAG